AUUGUAGGGUCUUGACAGACUCCUCUUGGAUUUGCCGCAAGGAGGAGGAGAUGGUGCGUCGACUCCCUUCACUUCUUCUUAAAUGGUCAGAAUUCAUUAAAUUGCCGCGAUGAAAUCAUGGAUGCUUCCAUACGGAUGACGCUCUUCUCCCUUCACACUCUUCUUCUGCUCCUCCAACGAUCCCACUGCGAAACCUUAAACACAAUUACCCAGAGCAUCCCACUUCGUGAUGGCGACGUUUUGCUCUCUGAGAACAAAAUCUUUGCGUUCGGAUUCUUCAGCCCUGAGAAUUCUACGCGCCGCUUCAUCGGGACUUGGUAUAAUAAUGUUAGUGAGAAGACAGUUUUCUGGGUCGCCAACAGAGACAGACCAGUCAAUGAUACCUCCGGGGUUCUCUCGAUCAACUCCAGUGGAGACCUUGUCCUCCAUUGUUGCAGUAAUGGAAGCUCACCCCUUUGGUCCACGAAUAUGUCGACAACAAUUUCAGACAAAACCACCGCUGCUCAGCUACAAGACUCAGGCAACUUCAUCCUGCUCCAAAGGCUCAGCAACCGUGUGCUGUGGCAGAGUUUUGAUCAUCCAACAGAUACCCAGAUGCCUUUCAUGAAACUCGGGCUGGACCGGAGAACCGGCUUGUAUUGGUCCCUGAAUUCUUGGAAGUCCAAGGAUGACCCAGGACAGGGUAACUUCACAUACAGGAUGGACCCGAGGGGUUACCCGCAAUUAUUUCUCUACCAGAACGGGGUGCCACGGUGGAGGUCAGGGCCAUGGACAGGCCUCCGUUGGAGCGGCGUGCCCCAGAUGACUAACCCUGACAUCUUGAACGUCAGCUUUGUUAAUGACCAGGAAGAGAUCUCAGUUGUGCACAAGGUAAGGAACUCCUCGAUCAUCGCAAGGAUGGUGAUGGAACCAUCAGGCCUUCUCCAGCAGUUUACGUGGCACGACCGCACUGGCCGGUGGAUCCAGUUCUGGGCUGCCCCAGUGGAGCAGUGCGACAACUACGGGGCCUGCGGACCUUAUGGCAACUGCGACCCAUACAACACGAACCGCUUUUUCUGCACCUGUCUCCCUGGGUUCGAGCCCAGGUCGCCGGCAGAUUGGUUCCUCAGGGACGGGUCUGGUGGAUGCAAGAGGACCCCUGGAGUCUCCACGUGCAGGAGUGGUGAAGGAUUCGUUAAGGUAGCCCUCGUAAAGGUCCCCGACACUUCCCGGGCUCAUGCAGACAUGAGCUUGAGCCUCAAAGAGUGCGCGCAGGAGUGCUUGAAGAAUUGCUCCUGCACAGCCUACACAAGUGCUGAUGAGAGCAAUGGAGGCUCUGGGUGCUUGGCAUGGUACGAUGAUCUGCUGGAUAUACGGACAUUUUCAGAUAUUGGACAGGACUUAUAUGUACGAGUUGAUGCAGCCGUUUUAGCUCGUUUCACAGAGAAGAAACGAUCUCCCCGGAAGUGGUUAAUUGGGGCAACCGUAUCUGCCGGCGUGAUUCUGGUGUUGCUGAUCAUCUUGUUUAUAGUGAAGAAAAGGCACCGGAGAGCAAGGCCUUCUGCUUCCCUAAGUGUGGCGCAUCAUGGGGAUGAUGAGUCUCGGAGUAGGCACGUCCUGGAAUAUGACAGCAGAACCUCAGAUUUGCCAUUCUUUGAUCUAAGCACCAUAGCCACUGCCACGGACAAUUUUUCUUUCAUCAACAAGCUCGGGCAAGGUGGAUUUGGUUCCGUUUAUAAGGGAGUACUUGAUGAUGGAAAGGAAAUAGCGGUUAAGAGAUUGUCGAAAUCUUCGGGCCAAGGAAUUGAAGAGUUUAAGAAUGAGGUCACGUUGAUUGCUAGGCUGCAGCACAGGAAUCUUGUGAAGAUACUAGGCUGCUGUAUCGAAGAAGACGAGAAAAUGUUGAUUUAUGAAUACCUGCCAAAUAAAAGUUUGGACUCAUUUCUUUUCGAUGAACAGAAGAGGUCUCUUCUGGGCUGGAGAAAACGUUUUGAGAUCGCUUAUGGAAUAGCUCGAGGGAUGUUGUACUUGCACCAGGAUUCAAGGUUGAGGAUCAUCCACCGGGAUCUGAAAACGAGCAACGUGUUGCUCGAUGCUUCAAUGAACCCAAAGAUCUCUGAUUUUGGCAUGGCUAGGAUAUGCGGAGGGGACCAGAUUGAAGGAAAUACUCGAAGAGUUGUAGGGACGUACGGUUACAUGUCACCAGAGUACGCGAUGGAGGGGUUGUUUUCGAUAAAAUCUGAUGUUUACAGUUUCGGAGUCGUGCUGUUGGAGAUCAUUUCUGGGAAAAGAAAUAGCAGCUUUUAUCACGAGAAUUCGUCUUGUAAUCUCGUUGGCCAUGUUUGGGAGUUGUGGAAAGAAGGAUCGUGCUUGGACAUUGUCGACCCAUCAAUGGCCAAUAUGUAUGACGAGGAGGUCCUAAGAUGCAUCCAGAUCGCGCUGCUGUGCGUGCAAGAAUUCGCCACGGAUAGGCCGACCAUGUCUGAUGUUGUGUUCAUGUUGGGGAACAACGUGAGGCUUUCUUCUCCGAAGCAGCCUUCUUUCGCUUCCAGGAGGAAACCAGGCAGAGCCGACACCUCCUCAUCAAAUGAAGGAACCAACUCAGUAAACUACUUGACCCUUACUGUUGUUGAAGCUCGUUGAGUUCAAUUUUCUUCCAGGAUGUGUACAUGCGGGACCCCAAAUUAUUCUCGAAAUAUAUCUCGAAAUCCUCUAGAAAAUAUAUCCCAUUUAAAAUAGAAAACAAGUUACAAGAAUUCCCGCAAGAAAUGGAAGUUGCUCGACUUGGGAAAUCGCAUCAAAACUGCCUGUUUCGCACCAACGCUGUACUUGACUGCGGUCAUCCAUUUUAGACCUCGGUCAUCUGCACAUUUUAGCCUCUUGACUCUGUGGUCCGGAGUCUACAAUUCGCGACCGCAGUCACUGGCCCCGUGAUUGUGGAUCGACCUAAGAUUUUGCUCCUCAAUUUUGUUUCAUCCGGUUGAUCCUACCUCAUUUCCUCCGGGUCCUUGAGUUGGGUCUUCGGGUUUCCAACUGAAUGCAGGACACCUCAACAUCUACUCUGAUGUAAUCUUGCAACUUUCAUACUUCUAUGAGAAAAUCGGAUUUUUUG